UUCCUGCUUGCACAGGCGAUCGCCUCUGCCCUCCUAUCUCUCUUCUCCCACGGCCCAUCUGUGCCUCCUCUCUGCUCCCUUCCUUGCCACCCCCGCCCUCGGCUGGGUGCUCCCAGCCCCUCCCUCGCCCGUCUGUAUUUGGAGCUGCCGGAAGCCGCGGGCGACUCUCCCCGCUAGCAGCGUGACCGACUCGGGCUCCCGUGCAGGGGGGAGGCGGAGGCAGCAAAGGACCAGCGGGAGGAGGGCGCAAGUGGCCGGAGUCGGCUUUGCAUCACCGAAGCCGGGACCUGGGCUCUACAGCAGAAUGGCGGACAUGGCAGGACUGAUGGAGAGGCUGGAACGUGCAGUCAGCCGGCUGGAGCAGCUUUCUGCAGGGCUAGACGGACCUCCUGGAGGCUGCGGGGAAGUGAAUGGUGUCAAUGGAGGUGUGGCGCCGUCCGUGGAAGCCUUUGACAAACUGAUGAACAGUAUGGUGGCCGAGUUCUUAAAGAACAGCCGAGUCCUUGCUGGUGACGUAGAGAUUCACGCGGAAAUGGUGCACGGCGCUUUCCAGGCCCAGCGUGCUUUUCUUCUCAUGGUCUCUCAGUACCAACAACCCCAGGAGAAUGAAGUUGCUGUCCUUCUGAAGCCCAUAUCGGAGAAGAUUCAAGAAAUACAGACUUUCCGCGAGAGAAACCGGGGGAGCAACAUGUUCAACCACCUCUCGGCGGUCAGCGAAAGCAUUGCCGCCCUGGGCUGGAUAGCCGUGUCCCCCAAACCUGGUCCUUAUGUCAAGGAGAUGAACGACGCUGCCACCUUUUACACAAACAGGGUCCUGAAGGACUACAAGCACAGCGAUCUGCGCCACGUGGAUUGGGUGAGGUCCUACCUCAAUAUCUGGAGCGAGCUGCAAGCCUACAUCAAGGAGCAUCACACCACAGGCCUUACUUGGAGCAAAACAGGUCCUGUGGCAUCCACAGCGUCAGCGUUUUCCAUCCUCUCCUCUGGGCCUGGUCUUCCGCCACCACCUCCACCACCGCCUCCUCCUGGGCCACCUCCACCUUUUGAGAAUGAGGAUAAAAAGGAGGAGCCCUCCCCUUCUCGCUCAGCUUUAUUUGCCCAGCUCAAUCAGGGAGAAGCCAUCACUAAAGGGCUCCGGCAUGUCACAGAUGACGAGAAGACAUACAAGAAUCCCAGCCUGAGGGCUCAAGGACAGAUUCGCUCUCCAAUCAAAACCCAUACGCCGAGCCCCACAGCUCCAAAAUCGAAUUCUCCUCAGAAACAUGCUCCAGUGUUGGAGCUGGAAGGGAAGAAGUGGAGAGUGGAAUACCAAGAGGACAGGAACGACCUUGUCAUCUCAGAGACCGAGCUGAAACAAGUGGCUUACAUUUUCAAAUGUGACAAAUCCACUCUUCAGAUAAAGGGAAAAGUGAACUCCAUCACUGUCGAUAACUGCAAGAAGUUUGGCCUGGUGUUUGAUCAUGUGGUGGGCAUUGUGGAGGUGAUCAACUCCAAGGACAUUCAGAUCCAGGUAAUGGGGAGAGUACCAACAAUCUCCAUUAAUAAGACAGAAGGAUGCCACCUGUACCUCAGUGAAGAUGCACUAGACUGUGAGAUCGUGAGCGCCAAGUCUUCUGAGAUGAAUGUCCUGGUCCCUCAGGGUGACGAUUAUAGAGAAUUUCCCAUUCCCGAGCAGUUCAAGACAAUAUGGGAUGGAUCCAAGCUGGUCACCGAGCCUGCAGAGAUCAUGGCCUGACAUCCAAGAGAUAUCCUUCCCGAGUCUCCUCUAGCAAGCAGAAGCAAGCAGCUAGUAGGAGCUAGAUUUCACCAUAGCCCCGGCGUCUGCGUCCGUGUCCAUGUCCGCGUCCUGCAGUUCUGUGCCAUGGAAAACAGUAUCUUUUCUGGCAGGCUUUUAUGGGCAUUUUGAAAUAUUUAACAUUUGAUCAUGACGUGUGUGUGAUUUUACUUCCAUAUGAUAACUAGUAAACAUGACAGUUAAAGGGAAAAGGAUUCUGUUCCCAUCACAUCACCAACUCCGUAACUGAUAAGGAAAAGGCCUGCCUGUCUUUUCGGUUUAAUUGCUAGUUGAAAAAAAAAAAAAAAUGAAGCCUUAGAGAACCUAUGUAUGUUUUUACCUUUUAGACAACUUUAACAUGAUGAGAUAGUCUUGUGCCCUGAAGAAUAAGACUCUAUUUUUUAAUUUUUACAUGUUCACCUUUAUCAGCGUGGACAUCCUGUCAGCAUGAAUGAAUUCUUCAAUCCAAGUUUUUACAAACACACACAUAUACACAAAGAGAAGAUGUCUAAGGAAACACAAUAUACCCUUUAGAGUUACUGAAAAAGAAACAAACAAACAAAAAAAUCCUAACUCCAUCUUUCUCCUGAGUCACUUUAAAAAUUCUAAUUUGUCUGCACAUCCUAAGAUAAAGGGUGGUGGCAGGGAGGGUUGGGGUGAGGUAGGGACUCAUCCUCAGUUUUUGCUUUGUAAUACCUCAUGGUCCGGUUCCAAGAUAGCUCCACCUUUGCGUGUCAGUUUCGAAGUCCCCUGUACUAGCAGACAAUCCCAUACAGGUCUCUAAUGCUUAUUAGAGAUGAGUCCCUUUCCACUGCCCAGGCUCACCAGUGCUAACCAGCCUCGUAGACAAACGCCCAAGAACCUGACCGUUGCUUUUCCAGUCAGUUGUUUGGCUCCGGUUGGGUUUUCUCGUCUUGAUAGUGCCCACACUUCCAGGCGGGCAGCAACGCUCUCCGUGUCUCUUCUCUGCACAUGGCUGAGAACUCUGCAGCUUUUGGGGUCCUGUGUGACAAAGCCUAGGGCUAAGCUUUCGGAACCAGUGGGAGCAUCUAGUUUGUGCCUACGAAGGCCCCGCUGGCUAUCAUUUUCGGUUUUUGAAUAGCUUCUAUAUCCACACAGGAUUCAUUAUCAUGGAUGUUUGUGUGUUCAAGUUUUGUUAUAAAAGUUCUGUCCUUAGGAACUAUGUUGUGGCUUUAGUAAGGAUAAUUUUUUGAACAGUAAAGUUAUAGUAAGUUAAACUAAUUGUUUAAAUACUGAGAUGAAUUCUCGUUUUGGUUUUGCAUUUGUUUUGUUCUGUUUUAUCUUUUGCUUGCUGACUUGCUUGGUUGAUUUGUUUGUGGUCAGCCAGAGAUACAAAGUGAGACAUUAUUGGAGGUACUUAAUGCCGAGCCUGACAACCUGAGUGUACUCUCCAGGAACCUCGUGGUGGAAGGAGAGAUGUGACCUACAUAAGACGUCCUCUGACCUGUACCUGCAUAUCAUGAAUGCACAUGUCAGCGCGCGCACGCACGCGCGCGCACACACACACACACACACACACACACACGAUUUUUAAAAAAUUUAAACUUUAAAAAAAAAAGUCAAAAUGGAGCUAGAGCUGGAGACAUGGCAGCAGUUAAGAGCCAUUCUUGUAGAGGACCCACCCAUGUUCAAUUCCAUCACCCACCUGGCAACUCAUAACCACCUAUAACUCCAGUUCCAAGGGAUCUGACAUCCCUGUGGGCACCUGCAUGCAUGUGGUGCACCGGCACACUCGGUCAUGCACAUACACAUUCAGUUAUAUUUUAAAAGUCAAAAUGAAAAUUGCCAUCACAUUAGAUUACAUAUUUGCAUUAUAGUGGCCUUAUGUAACCAGGGUUUGUUUUUUUUUUUUAAUUAAAAAAUAAAACUAGAGCUUUUUUGGUUGUCA